CUAUUGACUGAUGACAUUGUUUGUUGUUUACAAAAUAAAAUACAUUUCGAAUUUGCAACUACGUUGGUACGGUAAUUUGCAUUAGUUUUGCGGUUUCUUCAUAAGAACAAGAAAGAAGCAAGGAAAAUUCGCAAUAUGUUAGCCAGAAGGGUGCUUCAAGGAAAAACAAUAUGGGUUACUCAGCCAAAUGUUUCUUCCGUGAGAUACUUUUGGGAGUACGUCAAUAUGAUGUUCAAUAAACCUGACCCCGAAAGAAUCAGAUUGGUUGGACCUGACAGAGCUUGCGCCGAGUGGGUGCUUCGCAACGGCGGCAAGGUGGUAUGGGCCGACGGAAAAACCCUCUCAGAUUAUAAUGCGUUACCUUCCGAUUCAAACGCAGUGCCAAAAAUUGCAGAAAUAGAUGGUACCGACUCAGGCAUAUCGCAUUAUGGAUUUGCCCACUUAAGUGGAUGCACAAAGUUACGAAAAAUUAUUCUACAUAAGAAUAAAUACAUAGAUGAUAGAGCUAUGAAAGGACUGUCUCAUGGAAAAGACUCUCUUUCCCAAGUUCAGGUCUCAGAAUGCCAAAAUGUCACAGACUUAGGAGUUAAGGAAAUCAAAGAACUCAAAAAUCUUGAAACAUUGGUUAUAUUUGGUCUAUCUGGAGUAAACAAUUUUGAAGAAUGCAAGAAGUACUUGCAAAAUCUUCUUCCCAAAUGCAAAAUACUAGAUGCUGCUUAAGAAAAAUAAUAUCUUAGAAAUGCCAUAAACUAUAUUAACUAUGUGCUUUAUCCAAUGACUAUUUCGCUGGUUUUUUCUUUGCAAUCAUUUGGCUUUACCAACAGCUUCACUAACACUUUUGUACCCA